AUGAGGAUGGAGGGCAGGGAGGAGAUGCAGGGCGCCGUGGGGCUACGCUGCACCUGGGACAUUCCGCCACCCGCUGGCACCCAGGCCAAGUGGGUGAGGCUCAAUGUGGGGGGCACCGUGUUCCUCACCACCAGGCAGACCCUGUGUCGGGAGCAGAAAUCUUUCCUGUGUCGCUUGUGCCAAGGCGAGGAGCUGCAGUCGGACCGGGAUGAAACUGGUGCAUACCUAAUAGAUCGGGACCCCACUUACUUUGGACCGAUUCUGAAUUUCCUCCGUCAUGGGAAACUGGUCCUGGAUAAAGAUAUGGCUGAAGAGGGGAUCCUUGAAGAAGCUGAGUUCUAUAACAUUGGUCCUUUGAUCCGAAUAAUCAAGGAUCGAAUGGAGGAGAAGGACUACACAGUAACACAGGUGCCUCCUAAGCAUGUCUACCGUGUGCUGCAGUGCCAGGAAGAGGAGCUCACUCAGAUGGUUUCCACUAUGUCAGAUGGAUGGCGCUUUGAGCAGCUUGUGAACAUUGGCUCAUCCUAUAAUUAUGGGAAUGAGGAUCAGACAGAAUUCCUGUGCGUGGUCUCCAAGGAGUUGUACAACUCCCCCAAUGGCCUGAGCUCUGAGCCCAGCCACAAAGCCAAGAACACAGAGGAGGACCUGGAGGAGGAAGAGCAGGAGGUGGAGGAGGAGGCAGAGGCAGAAGCAGAAGCAGAGGAGAAAGACCGUCCAUCUAUUCAGGAUUGUGCUAAACUCUCUUCCUGCGGACCCUCCCUCCUGCUCCCUUCCGUGUCCAUCCCAGCACUGCCAUCUACCUCCCACAUUGCCCCACUCGCCAGCCUCCAGCAUCCUUCCCUCUGCUCUCCUUGUCCCUCAGGGCUCAGAGUGGUCUCUGCCCAGGGCCCUGUCUCUCUCUGCUCCUCACUUUUCCUCCUCUGCAGGUAUGUUACCUGUCUGCACUCCCAGCUCCUGCCAGCCUGAGCUCUGCAUGAGUGACUCACUUCCCUCUUGUGGCUGUUACAAGCCAGAGAUCUGAGGAUGUGAUCUGAACACUCCACUCCAGCCUUUUCAUUUCUUGUUUAUAUCUUUAUUUUUGUACUGCAGUGUAUGGCAGCCCUUUCUCUCACAGUGACGCCCCCAGCCCCCUUCACUCUUCACAUACAGCCAUUUUUUUUUACAAACUCACCUCGGAGGCCUGAGCUUCCAGCCCUGGAGGAGGGCAGAUGCUGCAUGGAGCCCCUGAGCUGCUGUAGGAGCGGGAGCCCACAGCCCCCUCCUAUGCCUGGCAGUCUGGCUUUCCUUAAUGUCACAGUGGCCCCUGGUGGGGACAUCAGCGAUCAGCCACUGCAGCCUGCGGUCCCUUCCUGAGCACCCUGGAUGCAAAUGCGGACCGAGGUGGUGGCAGCUGUGGAAGGACCAGCCCUUGCCCUUUCACUGUUGCAGGCAACUGGUGUGGGCUUGUGGCCUGGGGACAAAUGCAGAGCCACCGUCCUUUUCUGGGCCACCUGUAUGGCUCGGAGGUGUCCCUGUGCUGGGUAUCACAUUCCUUGGUGCCUCCCCCCCUGUCCCCCCAAAGCAGCUCUGUGCCAGCAGUGUGAGAAGGAGAAUGGUGUGCUGCCUGCGUACCAUGAACAUGCUGGUACCUCAUGUUGUGUCAGCCAGCACCAAGCAGAUCCCAGUUUUGGGGAGCAGGGUGUUUGCUUCACUGCUGUGUCUGAAGACUCCUGAAUAAAAUUCACAGUCUGUUCCU